CUUUCACUGAUCGCCAUAUUGGUUCGUGGGCAAGGUCUUGUCCUCCAGGUGCACAGCACAUAAUUCCAAUAAUUAGAAAUGUACUAAUGACUUGGCCAAAGCUUUUAAAUAUUUUGAGAAUCACAGUGAGAAAGCCAUCAAUCCAAGGUAGAUAUCCAAGAUAAAUUUCAGUUCAAUUUGUUAAGCUUAGCAAAGUUAGAAGUCACCCAAGACAGAACUUCUCAUUUUAAGCAGCCUUAAUGACCAGCUUCCCUGGUAAUCCUAAGUGACAAUUCUGAAUAUUUUAAAUGGAUCAGGGGACCUGGCAGAAGUGCCGUGCUGGUGGCUGGCCCUCUGAGCAGAGUAAUCCUCAGUAUCCUUGGCAGUGCAUCAAGCCGGAUGCUGACUGCAGAGCAGAAAGAAAAGCAGCUGUUUGAAGCCUUAGAGACAAGAACUUCAGCAUGGAGGAUAAUCCUGGUAAUUUUGUGCCAUCCUUUGGAAAGGAGACAUUACGGACAACGGCAGUUACUCCACAGUUUGACGAAAACAUGGAUUAUGUGGACUUUAUUCAUUUAAAUGUUUUAGAAAAGAAAGUUCUUAACAAUUCUGAGGUUUCAGUUCAGUAUUUAUGUUCUAAGCCUUGUAUCAUCAACUUGGAAGCAGUAGCUUCCUCCGAGUUCAGGACUGGUGUACCAGUGUAUAGAAGGAGAUGGAAGGAUGAAAAGAACCUUUAUAUUAGCAGAACUCGAAAAGUACAUUUGAAAUUUCCGAGCAUCAUGGUUUACAGAGAUGAUUAUAUCAUCAGAAACUCAAUAAUAGUGCACAGUGUGAUAUUAUAUGCAUGGCUUAGUCACAAAUCAGUUAGCAGCUAUGAUGUUGAGCAGAAUGAAGACUACCAGGAUGCAGUUGCCAAGAAUUACACUUUUUUAGAAGCAGUUCCACCUUUUGAACGCCCAUAUAAGGACCACAAAGUUUGUCUUCAGUGGGGUGCUGACUAUUUGUGGAUGCUCCAGGCAAACAGGAUACCUCAGUGCCCUCACGAAAGUGAUGGUGUCCAGAUUCUCAACUUUAUAUAUGCUUCCAGUGGGGAGAAAACAGGAAUCAUGAAGAAAUUUGAACAAUUUGAAAACAGAGAACUUGAGACAGUCAGACAACAUCAGAUUGAUUAUCCCAUGUUCACCGUUUCAAUCUGGCUAUAUUUACUCCAUCACUGUGAAAAGGAUCUGUGUGGUAUACUCUACUCUAUUGAUCCAAAAGAAAUGUAUAGUACUCCUGCUGUAUUUCUAAAUGAGGAAGGUUAUGUACAUAUUCAGAUGCACCUCAUGAGAGGAGAUGACCUUGCAGUGAAAACUAGCUUUAGCCUUCCUCUGAAGCAGUGGUUUCGACUGGAUCUCUCUUUUAAGGGUGGACAGGUAGAAGUAAGCACUGUUGGGAAGAAUUUGAAAAGACAUCAUCAUCAGUCUUUUACUUUUAGGGAAGAUUUCUAUUAUGAUGACACUGCUGGAUACUUUGUUCUUGGAGGCAGUGGAUAUGUAAAUGGCAUUGAAGCAUUCUUUGGACCUGUGAAAUACUACCGUCUCAACGUGUUGGAAACAGAACAGAUUUCUAACCCUCUUCAUGACAAAGAAACAGUGGAACAAAUUGAACUCUACUACGAGAGAUGUAUGGACAUUCAAGAAAUAGUUUAUGAGUACAGAUAUAUUGUAAGGCAAGGCGAAAAAGCGCUAAGAAAUUGUUACUAUGAAAACUAUUAUUUGGAGUUGAUCUACAAAUAUGGAGAAAAAUCCAAAUGUGAUGCCUUCAUGUGGGGAAAAGAGCUCAGGGAAAAGUACCACACUUUGUUCAAACUCUUACAAGAGAUGGAUUUCAGUGCUCCAGAUGUGUUAGAAGAUGGAAGUGACACAGUUCUAGAAGUUGGCCGGAGGAUAUUUGAGAAGGUUGCAAAGGGUUUGUCCAGCGCCGAUGGCCUCAGCAAUAUGGGCUCCUCUGUCCCUCUCUUGGUGGAUUCCAGUUGUUGUGGAUACCAUAAGGCUUCCUAUUUCCUUGCAGUUAUAUUCGAAACAGGGCUCGGUGUGUCUGUGGAUCAUACAAAGGGGCUGUUGUAUAGUUUGGUUGGCGCUCAGGGGAAUGAGAGACUUGCUGUGAUGAAUCUUGGCUAUAAACAUUACCAAGGCAUUAAUAACUAUCCACUUGAUUUGGAGCUGUCGUAUGCUUAUUACAGUAAUAUUGCAAUAAAGACAUCGUUGGAUCAACACACUAUAAAAGGGGAACAGGCAUUUGUUGAAACUAUAAGGCUGAUGGAUGAUGAGCUGCUAAAAGCUCAAACAAAAGAAAAUGGUGAUGUCUUUAUGUGGUUAAAACAUGAAGCAACAAGAGGAAAUGCAGCUGCACAGCAACGAUUGGCUCAGAUGCUGUUUUGGGGCCAACAAGGAGUGGCAAAAAAUCCUGAAGCUGCAAUAGAAUGGUAUGCAAAGGGUGCAAUAGAAACAGAAGAUCCAGUGUUAAUAUAUGAUUAUGCCAUUGUGUUAUUUAAGGGCCAAGGUGUGAAAAAGAAUACAAAACUUGCUUUGGAAUUGAUGAAGAAAGCAGCAGCCAAGGGCUUGCCCCAGGCAGUGAAUGGAUUGGGAUGGUAUUACCACAAUUUUAAAAGAGACUACAGAAAAGCAGCCGAACACUGGUUAAUUGCUGAAGAAUUGGGAAAUCCAGAUGCAUCGUACAACCUUGGUGUCCUUUAUUUAGAUGGGAUUUACCCUGGAGUACCUGGUAGAAAUCAAACAGUUGCUGCACGCUAUUUCUAUAAAGCUGCCCAAGGAGGACAUAUAGAGGGGACUUUACGAUGCUCUCUGUACUACAUCACAGGAAAUAUGGAAGAUUUCCCUAGAGAUCCAGAAAAAGCUGUAAUCUGGGCAAAACACAUUGCAGAGAAGAACGGCUACUUAGGUCAUGUCAUCAGAAAAGCUCUCAAUGCUUAUCUGGAACUUUCAUGGCAUGAAGCUCUGCUGCAUUAUGUUUUAGCAGCUGAAACUGGGAUUGAAGUGUCACAGUCAAAUUUAGCACACAUCUGUGAAGAAAGACCAGACCUUGCAAGGAAAUACCUAGCAACCGAUUGUGUUUGGAGAUACUACAAUUUCUCUGUUUCUCAAGUCAAUGCACCAUCAUUUGCUUAUUUGAAGAUGGGUGAUUUCUACUACUAUGGUUACCAGAACCAGCCUAAAGACCUUGAGCUCUCAAUGCGGAUGUAUGCACAAGCUGCAUUAGAGGGCGAUUCACAGGGUUUCUUUAAUUUGGCCCUUGUCAUAGAAGAGGGCAACUCCAUACCUUCCUACAUUCUGGAUCACUUGGAAAUUGAUCGGGCUUUGCAUUCUACUAAUACAUCACUUCUUCAGGAACUUUAUUACAGGUGCUGGAAUAAUAGUAACCAAGAGUCAAUUAGUCCAUGCUCAUUAGCAUUGCUUUAUUUUUACAUGAGAGUUUUCUGGAACAAUAUUUUACAAUCUACUCUGAUCUACUUCAUGGGAACCUUUCUUCUAUCAAUUCUGGUUGCAUUUGCAGUGCAGUAUUUUCAGGCUUUAUCUGCCCAUAAUUCUCCUGGAACAAGAUCAGAACCAUCGUCAGAUGAACCUUCUUCCUCAGGGAACAGCAACGAGGAUGCUACCAGACUAGUACAGCAAGAUGAAUCUACUUUUUCAAACAAUUUAUCACAACAGCAGUCAAACCCUCAGAAUCCUCUUGUUACGAGCUGAAGUGUAGUUUUCUUAAGGUUGACGUCCCAUUGUGAAGAUGGGAUGUAAACAGCUACAGAUCUGAGAACUGGCAACCAACCCUAUUAGUGGCAUUAAUAAGGCAGUCCAACAGCCAAAAUUGUAGGGAAAUUCACUGAUCUUAUUUCUCCACUAUAGAGAAAAAACAUCCCUAUAAUUUAAUACUCCAAACAGAUAAUGCAGAUUAUCUCACUAUACCCAACACAUGAUCCUACUGUAUUUCAUUGAAGGACUGGAAGAAAACAUGCAAAGUCUUCGCCUAAUUGAAGAAUGAGCAAACCUCCUACUGGUUUUGAUGAAGAAGUUUUACAUAUCUAAUAUUUUAUUAAAUUGCCUUUACUGCAUUUUUACUGGUGAAGUUAUCAGAGUUUUCCAAGUUGGAAGCAUGUAAAUUACAUAAAAGUGAAACCCAGUCACCAGCACUUUCCAAGUUCCAUGGCACACCAGCCAGGACUUUGGUACAUGCAGUGAUAACAAUUAGGUUUUUGGCAUUUUGUAUUCCAUCCUAACUCUGAUGCGAAAAGUGUUUUGUUGGGAAAGAAAAACACCAGGAAGAUUUGCAAUAUGAUCAUAACAUAGUAGUUCUGCUGACUCACCCGUGGUCAAAGUUUCACAAGUGUCAGCAGUUUGCUGGUGGACACAACAAAAUGUUUCCUGCCCUGCCAAGAGCCACUGAUCAGAGAAAGUAGCUUCUCUAAUGGAUAAAUAAAAGAAUAUUUAAGUGUGAACAGGUGACACAAAGUGAAUGAACAAUUUAUUUUUUGAUUCUUCCAUAGAUAACAUUGGCAAGGAUUUAUUUCAUUUCAUGUUCAUGUCUAAAUACACCUAUUUAAGUGACAUUUUAUUUGAUAAAUGUUAGAGGGGAUAUAUGAAUAACAAGUAUGGAGUGCAAAUGCCUUCUGUCUGAUUUAAAGCUGUCUGGUUAAGUGGCUGUAGGAAAGGUCUGACCUUUAAAGGAGGUGUGGAUGCACCUCUGCAAAAUUAUGUAGAUCACAGACUAUAAAUUGCAUCAAUCUAUGCAUUAUUGAGGGUUAAAUCCACUCUCCUUGCACUACAUUAUUUACUCUUGUAAAUAAAAAUAUUUUUCUAAUUCA